AAUUUAGAGAUUAAUAUAAAAAUUUUUGAUGCUAUGAGACGGUCUCAUCAAUGUGCAACAGUUGAACUGGAUUUCAAACUUUCUGAGAGAUUCAACCUCACUUACGCUACUGGUGAAGGAGAUGAAAAAUUACACCCUGUUAUUUUUCAUCGAGCUAUUCUAGGUUCAGUUGAAAAAAUGAUUGCUAUUCUUACUGAAAGGUUUGGUGGAAAAUGGAUUUUAUGGCUUUCUCUCCGUCAAGUUAUAGUAAUUCCUGUCAGUAGUAAAUAUGAUGAUUAUGCCGAACAGGUAAAUUUAAUUUAG